AUCAAUGUUAACAACCAUCUACUUAGUUAAAUAGAUGUACCGCGUGAAAUGAAAUUAUAUUAUAGAACAUUUCGUAAGAAGGAUGUUGGAUUGGAUGGAUUGCAUGGCAUUGCAUGCAUUGCAUGAGCCGAGGGGGUCAGAGUGCGACCUUCUUAAGGGAGCGACACGGGAGCGAAGACUCAGGGCGCGGCAUAGGAGUACUUACUUGGCUCCGUUGUAGGCGUACUUGAAUAGUGCUGGCACGUACUAGCUAUUGUAAGUAGCUCGACUAGGCUAGCUUGCCUGUGAUCUCGACCGUCUUGCUCGCUGUUCCCUGGCGCACACAGGCCACGGCGUUUGCGCUGCUCCUUGCUUGUUUCUGGGGCGAGGUCACAGUGGGGCCGUGUUUGUGUUCGUGUAUCGUAAAGCAAUUCUUCGGCGGAGCAGCCCGGUACUGCGGAGGAAGUAUGGCGCCCGAAGGGCGCCGCGAAAAAUAUAUUGUUUUUUGGGUGGUCCAUCCAUGCAAUGCAUGCCAUCCAUGCCAUGCAAUCCAGAAGUUCGGAAAUUGCCUUAUAUUCUAUUAUAAGAUGCAGCUUGACUAAUGCAACAAGAUCAAGACAACGAACACACACACAGGGAAACUAGAUCUAAAUUUGCAAUAACGUUCUGCUCAUUUUUUCAAAGGCUACGCCUUCUUAACAAGAUGAAAAGUAUGUCUCUCCGUGAUUUGAAAGCAUGCGUCGUGCUCGUGCUGGCUCCUGACUUUGUACGCAUUUGCAGCUUCCAGAGAAGUUCGUAAGCGUGCUGACAUAGAAAUGGUCGUGACCAGCUCCACUCAUCAUGAUGUCGACGACCACGAAGACAGCACCCGAGAAAGCACCACCCGAGAAGCCUCCUGUUGUCGCUACAGAGCCAGAGCAGAAGGUGCCACCGAGACUGCGCUCUAUUCAAUGGGAAGACGUCAAAAAACUUUCGGACAAUGGUGUUAUUCCGCCAGAGUGUAUGAUGCCAUUCAUUGAGAACGAUACGAUUGAGGAAUGCCGUGGUUCCUAAUCCUAAGUUAUUUAGAUAGUAGGCAAGAAAUACGGGAGAACGGCUACGGCAUUCCCUGAGCGACGUCAUUCUCAAGAAUCAGUGGAAGCAUUCACAGAGUGGGAACGGAAGAAGCGAGAUUAUCUGGAGACCCUCAAGGAUGAGGCAGACGCAUGUCCAAGCUCUGCUGCAGCCUUACAGCAAAGCAUGCAGGUGACUGCGGCAAGAAAAGAUUAUGAUACAGAUCCCGAACAUCAUCAUCAUGAUACAGUUCAGCUCCAACGUAUUGUUUUCGAGAACAUCCAGUCCAUCAAGGAGUUGUUGGAGUCCUUGAGCUGGUAGCUGCUUUACGAUUACGCCCUUCGUAUCAAUCUACGAAUACCGAGAGAUUAAGACGUUGUCAUCUUCUCUGCAAUAUUCUUUGCUGUUAUUUCUCUGAGGCAUCCUCAGCAUAGUUCUAAAGAUUUAGCAUAACUAGCGCCGAUCGGUCGUCUACUGCCUCUGCCUCAAAAGUAGAUCUUGGAGGAACCCAAUUUACUGACACGAUCGAUUACGCAGUGCGACCAUAUCUGGUGGAUCCAGAGACGGGUGAGAAACUUCCGACUGUUAUGCUGCUGGACGGACUUGUUCUUCUUCAGAAUCACAAACAUAAAGGUCAACAAGAACAUGAUUUCCACCAGUAAUGCGUUUGAACUUUUGUUACAAGAAUAUAUCACCAGCACAACUUGAAGCCUGUAAGUUAUUUCACCUUCCCCAACUCUCCUUGCUUUCACGCCACUCGUUCAAGUCGUUUUUCGCGUGAAGGACUGGAAGAUCACGAAGAACAAUGACCACGAGCACUGCGCAAUGGAGGGCUUUAUCGAGAUGCAUUGGCAUGAUUAUCGUCUAGAUAGUUCGAAUUUUCAACCCCCGCCGGGUGUGGAGUCGAAUGAUGCUCCUGCUACGACCGCAGAAUGUACGGCUAAUAGUUCUUGGGCUGUUUGAUCUGGAAAGUCCUAGAAGGCUAUCCCUAUUUCUACCAUGUUCAUAAUUCAUCAUACGCCUGCUGAAGGAAACUACUGAAGCUACUUGACAUUUUUGGAUUUGCUACGGAAAACUCACAACAGCGGGUUUCAACUCUGACUACAAUUAGACGAGACGAACUAUUGGUCCUCUUCGUCAUAGCUCCUUUGGUCUUCUCUAAUACCUCCACGACUAGUGCUGGUGGCGAAGCGGUAGAUUUCAAUCUGGGCUUGGAACGUAUGAAAACUUUACCUGAGAACAUAUGGCGACCAGAAAUGAUGGCGAGUUACGGUACUAGUAUGCAGAGCGCAGAGAAAUACGAAGAAAUGCCUUACUUUAUGACAUGUACCUACUAGCGCCGGAUGAUUCUGUUUCUGUACUUGUUCACUUUCUUAGAUGAAGACAUCGUGUCACGGUCAUUAUCAACAUCACUUCUAAUUUCUGGUACAACAACAAUCGUAAAGUGGUCAAGGAAAGAAAUGGGAAAGUGACGAUGGAUCCUAAGUUUGUCUUUUCCGGUGACGGCGUCAACUUAGGGCAGGAGUUAGACCGACUGCGCGCUUUUCUUAAGGCUCAACACCAUUCAUUUCUAAGGGUCAUUUCCUUCGGUUUCCUUCUUAGGAUUCUGAAGAAAUGAAGGAACGAAGUGAAUUGGUUAAAGCUCUAACUUUCCGUUUGAUUCAGUGCGAAUCGAUGUGUCUGUCUUCCUGACAGGCCAACGACGAGGCGAAACCAUCAACGACAUAGCGCUGAGCUUCCAAAGACCAAACCUGCCAAGGAAAUUAGAAGGUAUGCAACCCCCAGACUUCUUCUGUCUUCUUGCUCGUCGCAUGGAAAGUGACUACAUCAACAGUGGAUGACAUUUUAGCACCCAUGAGUCUCACAGUCAGAGGACUAUAUCUGGUAGAAGCAAGAAGCAGCUCUUAUUUUAUGCUUCUUGCUUUGCUAGUCGGUUGAGGGGUAGUAGAUGUUGCUGUUGAGCACAUGCAAGAAGGUACUUAGAAGAAAGGGACACUCUUAAGGCACACAAUUUUUCUGGGAAAUGGCAGCAGUUUCAGAUGAAUUGCGUCAAGCACUCCGGAGACUACGAAUUUUAUGAGCAAGGACGGAUCUCUAUUUUCAAAUAUUCAAAGCUGCUAAGUGCUUGUUGUUGUUUGUAUCCAAGAAGGUCAGAUCUUUAGUUAUUUUACAGGACUGACACUGUUGGCAGCAACUACCUCUAACCCCCAUUCCGAUUAAGCGUAGGCGAGGGACGAAUGUGCAUGAACUGGGCUGCGGAACAACCGCUUAUCAAACCCGCACUGAUCUUCAGUAUUCAACUGAAACGAACACCUGGCUUCUACAUGCAGAAAGGUACUGAGAUACUCUUGUUUUGGAGUUGGAAUUCCACUGUAGUUGUAGUAGGCACAUCAAUCAAUCAAUCAAUCAAUCAGUAGUUUAGACUCGACUCACGAGCAGCCUUCAUGAUUUUGAUCUUUCAAUUAGAACAACCAUGGCACCAGAUGAAGUACUCCUACUCUAACUUCUAUUAUUUGAACCACACGCACUAGGAAUCCUACCUCUCUACCUUUGCGCGUGCUUCGGACUCGUCACGUUCCUGACGGAGCCCAUCGAGCUCACUGGUCGCUUGCAGAUGCUGUUUGCCCUCUUUCUGACGUCUUUUGCGAUUCAAUGGGUUACGCUUGAACGCCUACCACGACUACCGUUUAACACGGUGUUGGACGAUGUAGUUCUACAUGUCGUCGUAUCCCUGGCAACUGCAGGCCUUGGCCAAGGCAUAAGUUAUCGAGUGGGCCGUGAGGUAGCGCAGGGAGAGCUACCUGCUGAGGAGACUGGUAGUAGCGGCCGCUCUAGCUCUGCUUCAGAUCUAGACGUAGACGUAUCACGUCGACUUAACGCGUUCGAUUUCACCCUAGCGUCAUACGUUGACUUAUGCUUAACGUUGUAUGUAAAUCUAACAAAAACAAGUCUUGCUGUAUCUAGAAAAGCAAAACAGUAACUUAUAUCCAAGCAAAACUGCAUCGAAUCCUCAAAGAAACCACCGUGCCAAGCUCUAACUCCCAUCGCAACAGUCUUCAUCAUCAUCACUUACCUGAUUGCGUAUUCCCUUUUAGGCAGAUUUCGCAAAGCUUUUCGGGAAGGUAGGGUCCUUAAGGGCGCGACUACCGGUGCUCUGCGUCCCUGGGUUGCCGGAAAGGACUUCCGCAAUAAAGUAAUACGUCCUGGACAGGGUAGCCUGUGGACAUUGGACCUCACUGACGAAUUGACCAGACUCGGAAGCUUUUUGGGUAUGGGCGUGCUGGUGGAGCCUGCAGAGUUUUGAUCAGGACACUGUUGAGAUUUGUGGUAAAGGGAAAUUUCUGUCGAUCCGGUGCUUGAAGCACAGGGCUGAGGCUGGAGCUAUUCUAUUCUAAGUACUUAUUCUAUUCAACAUAUCACUAUGAGGCCAUCUCACUCUAGUACAAUCUGCUAGAAGUACAAUCUGGUAGUACAUUAAUCUGCUUUGGUGCCAUAGAUCCGAAUAGCUCUACGUACUUAAGCAUGUGCACAAGAGAGUGGUCGGGCGCAUGAUCACUGUGACCAACAUUCCUGACACAAACCAGUUCUCGCGAUGCUGACAAGCCUACAUGUACAAUAUCAAUCUAAAAAACGUCAACAAAAUAAUACAUCCUUACAACAACACCCUGCAUUGACAACACGCCAGAACCUUCUCCACGGCAUUCUUCUCCUG